AUGGCAACUCCAGCUUCUGUUGCUGCCGUACCAGAAUCAUCAGAUCACUCUUCCAACCACAAGCCAGAUUCCAAACGCAAGCGUAUCAGGAAGGCAUGUGAUGAUUGCCGAGGGAGGAAGAUCAAGUGCGAUGGAGAACAGCCCUGUGAGGCUUGCAUCAACUACAAUCAAGAAUGUACAUACAGUACGGACAAAAAGGCCCGGUAUGGUGGCCCACUAUACGUUGAAGAACUAGAGAAGAAAAUAGAGCGGCUUCAAUAUGCUUUGGUGCAGUUCGUACCUGGCAUCAACAUCAAACGGGUGCUGGGCUCAGACCAUGCCUCUCAUGUUUUGCCCACUUUCAUUGAGCCGCCAAUUGCAAAGCGCCCGACAGAAAGACUCUUAAGAGCCCACUCGAAGGACAAAGAGCUUCUGGACACCAUGAUUCAAGCAACAGGUCGGCUCGACAUUGACGGUAUGGGACGUUGUGACUACCAUGGAGACUUCUCUGGCCUGGCGUUCCUUGAUAGGAUCAGUGAGCGUUGCUGUCAGUUGCUCAACCGAGAUACGGAAAAAGAGAUAUCUUCAGCACUAUUUCCACCCAGAGGCUACUCGCCUUCCAAUGUGGAGCCAGAAACGCCGUUGGAGUCAUCAAGGAAUGUAGCCUUACCACCCAAGACAGUAGCGACAUACUUAACAACCAUCGCCAUUGGAGACGCAUGCUGCCUGUUGAGGUUCAUUCACAAACCAUCUUUUGACAAGAGACUUGAUCGAAUUUACGAAAUAAGCCCCGAUCAGUAUACUUCAGAAGACAAAGAUUUCAUGUCUCUUCUUUAUGUAACCCUCGCUCUCGGUGAGCUAUAUGCUGGAAAGCCAAGUGAGGACGAUCAGCCAGCUUCCAGCGAGGUCGAUAAAGCCAAAGGGGCCAAAUAUUUCCGAGCGGGGCAAGUAUUGAUUGAUGCCAUGGAUUGUCAUGAUAUUACGUCUCUGCAGACCAUUCUCUGCAUGGUAAUCUAUUUCCAGUCCUUGGGUUUGAUGCACUGUUGUUACUCGUAUAUAUCCGUUGCAAUUGCAUCUGCUUUCCGUAUGGGUCUACAUCGGUCACUCGUGCUGAGGUUCUUCGAUCCCAUCGAGCAGGAGGUCCGAAAGAGGGCGUUCUGGGUGCUGCAAACGAUGGACACAUAUGUCGCAACAAUGCUAGGCCUACCAAAAAACAUCAGAGCCGAGGACUUUGAUCAAGAUUUGCCAAUAGACAUUGACGAUGAAUUCAUUACAGCCGAUGGCAUUAUUCCUAUGCCGGACGGCCACACGUCGAUCAUGGCAGUUGCUAACGCCCAUACCAAGCUACUGCUGAUCAUGGCGAAUGUCGUAGCACGUAUCUAUCCUAAUCAAAAGCAGCUCAGUAGAGAGUGCUCCUCCUAUCAAGUUGACUAUACACGCGUGGUAAACGUUGAAGCCGAAUUAGAAGACUGGUUCCGGAACGUGGCGGAACCCCCAACCGUGGCUGCUCCCACGUCACCGAAGGCAUUAGGGCUGCAGCUCCUCUUGCGCUUGGCUUACGCUCACGUCCAGAUGGUCUUGUACCGGCCAUUCAUACAGCAUCUUGUACGGGCUAAGCCAGAUGAGGCCCCAGAAAUGAGAUCUUAUGCAUGCGCAUCGGCGUGUGUCACCGCUUCCAUGCAAGUGGUAUGGAUCGUAGAGCAGAUGGACACCCAUGGGUUGCUCAUUGGAGCAUAUUGGUUCACUGUCUACAUCACGUUCUUCGCAGUCAUGUCCCUCUGUAUGUUUAUACUGGGUAAUGCAAGCGACCCGACAGCAAGCGAGGCAAUGGCGGCUGCUGUAAUGGGCCGGGAGAUACUUAUCAGGCUAUCAUCUGAAAGUGCUUCCGCUGCCAGAUGCGUCGUGUCUCUUGGGAAUAUAUUUGACAAGAUCUCCUCGGCACAUCUUCCAAUUCCAGCUACGAUAAACGGUAGCCAAGCCAUGGACUACUCGAUGGGGCCUCCUCCGCAUCCAAUGGCUCCCCCACACCCGCAAAUCGGCAGUGAAGUAGGGCUUGGGAUGGGUAUGGGUCUGGGGAACCAAAUCCCUACAUUUGAUCAGUCGAUCCAAUCGCCUCUAACGCUCAUGACUGAUGUGCCUCUCUCGGCAUCUGGUUCCACGAUGCCAUUGGCAGCCCAUGAUGGAGGGUUUGGAGGGCAAACUAACUCCUUCCCCGUGUUUCCCCCAGCGUGGCUGGACCAAGCUUGGGCUAUUCAGACUCCAAAUUCUGACCACAUGUCAGGGACUCCCUUUUAG